ACCACCCAUCCGGUGUAAGACAGUAUCGCCUCAAUCCACUCCUUGGCUAAGUCAGUUCUGCCAAGCUGAUGCCUUGGUCUGUAACGUUUUAUUUUUUAAAUAAGAUUUUGCAUUACCAAAAAAAAAAAGAUAUGAUGAAGCUGAAUGCCCAUGAGGGGAUAUGAAUAAACUAUUCCUGCUCUCUUCCUCUUCUCUUCACUCUCUUCUCUGUUCCUGUAGUGACUGAGGCGCUACAUUUUGAUUCCCUGAUUGCGAUGGCUCGGAGUGCUCGUUCCAAGAAACGCAAGCGCAGCAAGCAGAGAGUCAAAGCCAUUGCAGAAGAGCCCUUCAACGAAGAACCAGUUGGUCCACUUGUUGAGAAGUAUUGGCUUCAACGUUAUAGUCUCUUCUCGAGGUACGACGAGGGCAUUAAAAUGGACGAAGAAGGUUGGUUUUCGGUGACUCCGGAAAAUAUUGCAAUGAAUCAUGCUCAGAGGUGUGGUGGAGGAAGCGUGAUCGACGGCUUCACUGGGGUUGGUGGCAAUGCCAUUCAAUUUGCUAGAAUGUGUUACCAUGUUGUUGCUAUUGAUAUUGAUCCUAGAAAGGUUCAAUUAGCUUAUAAUAACGCGAAAGUUUAUGGAGUAGAAGAUUACAUUGAUUUUGUAAUUGGAGAUUUUUUCAAACUUGCUACAUCUCUGAAGGGAGAUGCAGUGUUUCUCUCACCACCAUGGGGAGGCCCAGCUUACAGAACCGUGGAGAAUUUUACCCUUGAUCUGCUCAAGCCGAAAGAUGGGUAUUCCAUAUUUCAAGUAGCUCAAAAAAUAACUCCUAAUAUUAUAAUGUUCUUGCCUCGAAAUGUUGACUUACAACAAGUUGAAGAACUUUCUUGGUUAUCUUCCCCUCCUUUAAAUAUUGAGAUUUACUCGUGCAGAUUGAAGAGAGUUAUGUACAUUGCAAUUUAAAGGGGACGACUGCUUACUUUGGUGGUACUGCGUUGGGGAAGCCUGAUGUUUCUUAAUUGUGUAGAGUUACAACAUUGUAAGUAUUAAUUGUUUGCCAAAUAUGUGAAUUGAAUGUACCGAUACCUUUUUACCAGAACGUGUGUCCUCAUCCCUGUUCUUUGGUAUGUUUAUAUUUUUGCUGGUUAAAUUGCAAGUGUCUUAUUAGCAGCAUGGUGAUGGCUGUGUGCAUCUAAUUUUUUUCUCAUCUUCUCCUGUCUUUUUGGUGAUUUCUGAAGGUAUCUUCCACCCAAUUCCUUAUGUGCCAUCAUUGGUCCAGUACAUGUAAGUCAUUCCAGAGAUGUAAUGCUUAAGCUUUGAAGAUGAUUGGAACUCUAUCUUGUGGAAAAAGGUCUAAACCAUGCAGAAAUGUAACUUGAUUUUGCUUUGCUGCUUUCCUGUAUCUUUAAGUACAGAUGCAGCUAUGCAGGGAAAAACUCCCUGAGAUGCCCAUGCUUCUUCCAUAUCAUAUAUCGAAGCAUAUACUAUUUUACUGUUAUUUAAUAUAUGCAUGACGUGGAAACUCCUCUAAUAUUGCUUGUCUACAUCUCCAAACCCCGAGUUUGUCAACUGACACAGAACAUUUUUAUGUAGUAGAAGAGUUGCUUUCCGAAAACAGGGCGGGAUGAAGAGAAUCGCUGUUUCAAUGGGUUCUUCUUCAUAGUUCAUUUAUCUCAUGGUGUAUUGGCUUGCCAUUUAAGUUGUCUGAUAGAGCUGGGGCAAAAUUUAGUCUUGGGUUGUCAACUUAUCUUGGAAGAUCUGGAAAAUAGACCGAAAGUAUUGGCUGAAUUCAAGAGCCCCCUGGCGUACGCAUGCAGGUAUUUUGUAGUAGCUUGCUGCAUGGCCAGCUGUAUGGUUGGCUUAAGGGUCCAGAUCAUUCCUCCCUGGGAGGAUCUUUGUCUCCGUCUUGUAAAAUUCACAUUGUCUGCAAUAUGUGGCCCCCUGGUACUCAGAUACCACAGGUACAGAUGAAUUCAGCUGCUUCCUCCUAAGAUCUGAUAUUGUCAGCUUUCUCUGGACUUUAUUUCUCUUCAGUAUUUGCCUUCCAAAUUUUGGCUCUCAGUGGGAGUUAUUCGGGCUUUAUGAUGAGGUAAUGUCUGAUAUUGUGCACAAUGAUGCUGCAUUCUCGCUACCAAUUGGUGGCAAUGGGCUGAUUUAGUAAUGUUUCAUAUAGAUA